AUGGGAGCUGAUGGAGGAACCAUUCCUAAAAGAUGUGAACUUGUUCAGAAGAAAAAAAAAGUAGAGAAAAUUGAUAAAGCCGUUAAAAAUGCCACAAAAUGGGAAAAUUGUCAGUUGACUCAACAACCACUGAAGAAACCAAUUAUUGCUUGCCGUCUUGGACGUUUAUUCAGCAAAGAAGCUGUGCUAGAGGCUAUUCUGACAAAGACUAUUAAGAACUUCGAAAGUGCAUCACAUAUCCGUGGAAUGAAGGACUUCAAAGAGCUUAAACUCAGAGAGAACAAGGACUAUAAAGCUGAUAACCAAGGUGUUAAAGGAGAUUCUUAUCUCGAUAUCAAUCAGACAGAGUUUUUGUGCCCUAUAACUUCUGUGCCUAUGAAUGGAAAUUAUAAAUUCGUUGUGAACUGGAAAUGUGGCUGCGUUUUUUCUGAAAAAGCUUUAGAAGAGGUUAAAACUGAUACUUGUCAUGGUUGCGGUGGACCGUGGGAUGUUGAAGAAUCCAUCAAGUUGAAUCCCGACGAAGAGACUUUGGAACUUUACAAGAAAAAGUUGGAGGAAGAAAGACUAAACAAGAAAAACAAGAAGAAAGAUAAUAAGGACGCAGACAAAAAGAAAGAUGACAAGAAAGAUGAAGAUAAGAAGAAGGCUGAAAAGAGAAAGGCUGAGACUGAAAUCCAAGCAGAUCCUUCGAAGUCUGAUGUUUAUAAGAAACUUUUCACUACUUCCAAAGAAGCUAUGAGCAAACCACAAUCUCAUUGGGUCACAUACAACCCUCUUUAUUAUUGA